AUGUCUUUCAUCAAUUUAUUUACUACUCUCUUUACUCUCUUUUUUAUCGAAUCUUUAUUGAUCACCAAUGUACACUCAGCUGCUGCUUCAUCUAUGUCGCCUCUCAGGCACGCCUUAAUGCCUCGAGAUCUUCCACCUUGUCCGCAAAUAUGGCCCGCUCAACCAUACCCUACUGAUAAGGAACGUCUUCACGACUUGGCAGUGGAUGAAAAAGCAACCAAAGGUCCAGGAUGGCGUCCAUCGGCUUGCGACAAGAAGCUUUGGAACUGCGUCUUUGUUGAGCGUGGUGUAAAAACAAAAGCAGGCGGGUUCUAUAGGUCGGCAGAGUAUCCGGUUGAUCAUGGUAACCGUGUUGAGGUUUAUCAAUAUUGGCAGUCUACCAUUCAGUGGGUAGCUCCAAAUGGAGGAGGUGCCGUGAACUCAUACAUGGCACACGGGGUUGAUUAUGUCUGCGUAACAGGUACUAUGGGAGUGAAGUUUUUAGGAAACACAUCAAUGCUUCUGGGUGACCCUAAAAAUCCAAACCUUCAUGUUUGCGAUUGUCACUAUCCACUCGAUGAUGAUAAAUUCAUAUUCAAUCGAGCCAUUUAA